AUGACAAAGGCUAAGCAACAAUCACCAAAAAGCAUCUUGAACAAAGUUCAAAAGAAGUCCUUGAAAAGGACACCAUCAGCACAGGAAAUGAGAGCGGCGACCAAACGACUCCGCGCGUUGAGCUCAACAAUUGCUGCAAUGCAGGAGACGGUGGCGAUGAAGGAAGAACGGGAUCUUGUGUCGGCGAUGCAGCAUUUGAGGAUCAGUUCCCCUUGCAGCUCCCCACCAGUAGCAAGGCAAGUUGAUGAAGAUGCGAGUGAGCAGUGUGAGCAAGCUGCCACUGGUGGCGGAAAAACAAGUGAGGAGUGUGAAAGCACUUCUUUCAAGACUGUGCCUUUGUCGAUGAUCAUGGAGCGUUUUGUGGAGUGUCGUGUGGAUUACCGUAUGGCACAUGCCAAUCUUGCAAGCCAUUUGGGGUCACUCAACCUCCGAGAGUCUGUCGCCGAUCACGAAGAUGAUCAAGCACAAACUGAGUCGAUGGAUUUGGAUACAGGGAAUGCUAAUGCAUUCUCAAAUAUCCGCUAUACAGCUGUUGAAUCCAGUGAUAGCGACAUCGACAGCGACAGCGACCCAAGCAUUGACGAUGAUGAAGAAGGGACAUCUUCCCCAAAGAGUGCCAUACAUUCGUUGCUUGGCAAAAUGAGCACUCAUCCAGGUGUUCCUUCAACUGUCAGCAACAGUGCAGAGUCUUCAACUUCCCAAGCGAAGAAAACCACUCGACGAAGUGGCCCCAACUUGACUGAUCAGCAAGUUGAUCAAAUCCUUGACCUUGUUGUUAAGCAAGGAAAAAGCCGUCGUGAUGUUGGGGCUAUGUUUAACAAGUCGGCAUCCACGAUCGGCAGAGUUGUCAAGAAGUAUAGAGAAAGUGGAACAGCUGUUGUGUCUCAAAAGGGACGCACAGCUCCCACUAAAAUCGAUGAAGAAGGCAACUCGUUCCUCCGACAUUUUCUCUCAGCCAACAACACAGCUACUCUGGAUCAGAUUAGCCAUGCUUAUGAGCAAGAGUUUGGCAUAAAAAUCGCCAGCAGUACGCUACAUCAUCAUCUUUGCCACUCAAUGCGCAUCACUCUCAAGGGUGCUGGCAAGUAUCCCGAGCGACGUACAGAUGAUGAGACCAAGCAGUUGCGAGCAGAGUUUGUGCGUACGCACAUCGAAUCAGGUGUCGUUGAUUAUAAACACAACUGUGUUCUCAUUGACGAAGCCUCAUUCAAUGCAAGCAUGCGGAGAAAUUAUGCAUGGUCCAACGCAGGGGAUCCUGCACAUGUUCACGUACUAAUCCUGCGUGCUCCAUCAACGACACUUUUGGCAGCGGUUAGCAACGUGGGGCUUAUUGAAGUUGCAAUGAAAGUAUGCCCAAAAAAUGAUGGGGAGAAGGGCACAAAAAAACCCGUUAAAAAGGGUACCACAAACAUCGAUUUUUUGGGAUUUGUGAAUUUGGUGAUGGAUCAACUAGAUGCAAGAGGCUAUAGUGGGUGGUACUUGAUCUUUGACAAUGCCCCCAUUCAUACGCCGCAAUUCAUUGCCAAAGAGAUUGAACGACGUGGUUACCAUAUGCUCCUCUUGCCGAGAUACUCGCCUUUUCUCAACCCUAUCGAAGAAUUUUUUUCAAAG